CCACACGCCCUCCUCUGCCUCGUUUUCUCCCGCCACACUCUCUGUCUUCCUCCCUUCCUCCUAAAUGCCAAGCGUACAGUUACCUUACCUCGUUAGUCAAUGACAUUUUUCUGUGUAAAUAUAUACCCCCAAAUUUCAACCAAAUCCUUUGUUAUUUUUCUUCGAAAUCUAUUGAAUUUCUCUUAAUCCAAGACCCAUUGGUUCUGCCCAGCAUUUACAACUGCAGGUGAGGAUCAUCUGACAAAAUUCAAGAAUGCCUGAAUUUGGUAUUGCUUCUUAUUGUAGGAUAUAAGGCCCUAUUCAGUUCAUAGAGACGGUUAUCGGAUCAUGGGUUCACAGGAUCCUGUUCCGGCGGCUGACAAGGCUAAUGUAACGGAGGCCUCAGUGCGCGGCGCUUGUUCUGGAAAAAAGAUUCAGGGGAAAAUUCCUAAGAGAAUCCACAAGGCUGAGAGGGAGAAACAGAAGCGUGAGCAUUUUAACGAGCUUUUUCUUGAGCUGGCCGAUGCUCUUGAAUUAAAUCAGCAGAACAAUGGAAAGGCCUCUAUAUUGUGUGAAGCUACACGACUGCUAAAAGACUUGAUUGGUCAGAUUGAGUACUUACAAAAGGAGAAUGCAUCCUUGUUGUCUGAAUCCAGCUAUAUGACCAUUGAGAAGAAUGAGCUGAGAGAGGAUAAUUCUGCCUUAGAAACUCAGAUUGAGAAAUUACACAGUGAAAUAGAAGACAAGGUGGUCCAGUCUAAACCGGACCUGAAUGCAGCACUCCCUUGUGCAGAAUUGAGACCAGAAGUGGCAUCCCAUUUUACUGGAACUUCCGUCAGUUUGCCCACUCAAGACCCCAGUUUGCAGCAAGCACCUGCCGUCUUUGUCAUGCCCCUGUGCCCUGAUCUCCAAUCCUACCCGCUGCCGGAUGCCGCCCAGCUCACAUCUAACACUACCUCACAUGUGAGUAAACCGCAUGCUAGGUAUCCAACCUCGGUGGAUUCUUGGCCGUCCCAACUUCUCGGUGAGAAACCAACAGCGGGCAAAGAAUCUCGACAACUUGGUAACAGUAGCAACAUUUGCAGGAGCAGAGAAACCGACCCUGAUAACAUGUAGACUCUGUCAUUGAAAUGAUUUAUGUGCAAUGCUUCACGUUGUCUUGGGUUAUUUGAGAAUGGCCCAUAUUGGGUAGUUUGUAUAUUUCUUAAUGAACUAAUGUAAUACAAGUGAGUUGAGUUUGCAUGAUACAGAUCUUAAUCUUAAUUUGAUAAUGUCCACAUUCUUUUCAACAUA